GUUUAGUCCACUCAAAAGAGGAUGUUGAGGCUUGUUUUUCCUUCGGACCCAAGGGUGCUCGGGAGCCCUGCAGCCCCCCCCACCCCCGCCUGUCUCACACAAGACGUCUCUGAGAAGACAGCGGAUUUCUGGGCUGCGAGGACCUCCCCAGUGGACCCCAGGGCAUGGAACACAUCCACGACAGUGAUGGGAGUUCCAGCAGUGGCCACCAGAACCCCAAGAGCACAGCCAAGUGGGCAGCCUCUCUGGAGAAUCUGCUUGAAGACCCAGAAGGCGUGAAAAGAUUUAGGGAAUUUUUAAAAAAGGAAUUCAGUGAAGAAAAUGUGUUAUUUUGGCUUGCAUGUGAAGAUUUCAAGAAAACACAAGAUAAGAAGCAGAUGCAGGAAAAGGCAAAGGAGAUCUACAUGACCUUUCUGUCCAGCAAGGCCUCAUCACAAGUCAACGUUGAGGGGCAGUCCCGGCUCAAUGAGAAGAUACUGGAAGAACCACACCCACUGAUGUUCCAGAAACUCCAGGACCAGAUCUUCAACCUCAUGAAGUACGACAGCUACAGCCGCUUCUUGAAGUCUGACUUGUUUUUGAAACACAAGCGAACCGAGGAAGAGGAAGAAGAUCCACCCGAUGCUCAAACUGCAGCUAAAAGAGCUUCGAGAAUUUAUAACACAUGAGCCCCCAAAGAGCGGGCGGGACUGGCAGCUUUCAGAAGUGAAGGAACUCCCCCUCAGGACCAUGUGGGGUUUUAAUUGCUUUGUUAUCUGCAAGGACCGAAAUGUACAAAACCCCUCCAUGGGAUAUGUGUAUUUUAUUAACUGCUUGACCAGUAAGUUUUGCAUGAUGGCUAAUCUUACAUAAAAAAACAAAUAGCUUUGAAGUUUUAGUUCACACACACACACACAAAAAAAAAGGCAGAGAGAGUCCUUAAACACUAGACACUUCGAGCAUUUUAUAGCUUGAUUAAACUUCAUGUGAGGCCACCAGGUGAAACUUAUAGCCACCUCUUACCUUUUAAGUCUUUGCCCUGCCUCUGUGGGAGGGGUCAUGCAUGUCCGCAGAUUUCCUUGGCUACUCAGCUCGAGAAUGAGUUGAUCUGACAGACUCGGGCCACUGGGGGUGUUGUCUGUCAGGCUCCU